UACAAGUCCUUGAGUGGUCCGCCAAUGUCAAAUUUUGCUUGUUUAUCAACUAAAAAGCUUCACAUUAUCGAUGUGAUUUGCUUCAAGGAAGGUGCAUGCUUUUGUGUUUGUGCUUCAGUGAUGGCUUCGAUGGUAAAGUUUUAAGCUUUGAGAUGAGUACUGAUAUGGGUAUCGAUUGUUUUGAUUAAUCAGUUUCUGGGUUGGUUCUGAUUUUGUUCUUUACCUAUUGAUUCUUGAAAUCUGGCUUAUACUUGCUCUUUUAGGAAAGUUGUUUUAGAAUAGUAUCUGUUGUGUUUUUUGGGUUUAUUUGAGGUAGCUCUGAACUGGGGUUGUCCUACUGGUCUUGGAUUAUGUAUAUUUCUUUUCUAAUUGCCAAUUGCUUGGGGUUAGUUGUGAUUCAGAGAUGGAGCGUCUUCUUUCUUUUGCUUUUUGCUUUGAUUGCAGCACGUUUUGACAAAUUCUCAUUCCACCUGCACGAUUCUUAACGUACACUCUUUUCUCUGUUUUCUUCAGAUCCCAUUCCUCACUACUACGUUGUCUGCAAAACCCAAUUCCUUCUUACCCUUUUGUCCCUUCUCAUGAUUUCUCAUCAAAAGACUGUAACUCAAUCACAUUGAGACACAAGCCUCUGUUUCUACAAUGAUGAAGACUGCGUAUUGGGUUUUGGUUGUUUCCAUAAUCUUGAGCUUUUGCGCAUCUGGGACUUCCUCGAUUGAGAAUUAUCACCAAGCGUUUCCUAUUGUGGAACCAGAUCCUGGUCAUACAAAACUUCGUCUUUCAAAGGAAGGCCUAGAGGCCAUUGAAAGAAUAAAAACUCCGAUUGCAGCUGUUGCAGUUAUUGGGCCAUACCGCUUUGGGAAAUCUUUCUUGCUCAAUCAGCUGCUCUCCCUUUCUUGUUAUGAAGGUCUUCACCAUUUUUCGACGGUCAAUCUUUCAGAAAGGAGAUCGUCCUUGUAGAGGAAGUGUUUGAACAAUUGAAGCGUACAACAGAGGGUCUGAAAUUUGAGGAGCAUUUAGUUUCAACAAUCACUUGAAGAUAAAUCCAAGUGUUCAGGUA